AUGAAAAACCACAAAACAGGAGAGAGACCUCCAGAGCCUUCAGAACCACAAUUCAAAACACCCAGUCGGCCAAGCCGGUCAACGGCAGGAGCCCCCAGCACUUCCAAGCGUACCGCUCCCUUAACGUCUGAACGACAAUGGAAGAGGUCGUCCCUUUCUGGCUCUCGAGCACAAUCAACCCUCACGCAGAUUGACUUCGUGACUCAGACUACACAGUCCGACAAUGGUUCCCUAGACUAUAUUGGCGGAACCACACAAGACGAGGCAAACAAUCAUGGCGAGCCUAUUGUCGUAGAUGACAAUUCCGCUUCAGACUCGGAACACCUAGGUUCCUUGCCUGUCGGAUCAAGCCUCGCACGAACGAAAUAUGAAAUGAACGACGACCGCCCCCGAAGGCGGCGGAAAAACGCGAGGGCAACCCUUCCGGGCCGUGCACCUAGUAUACGCAAGAGCCAGACACCGAAGGCAAGAGUUGCAAGAAAGGGAAAGGGCAAUUCGACCGAAAAGCAACCUGCAAAGCGCGACAAAACCCUUACCCAAAUGGAUUUUGUUCGACGGUACAUCACCAUAGAUGAUGACAACGACAUGAACCUGGGAUAUCUUGAGCCAGCCCCUGCAAGAGACUCUACCAACACGGAAUCAAAGGUUUUCCUAAAAAAGGAUCAUAAUACGAGAACGGAUUUACAUACAGCUAGUUCUUCCUCGACCAAGCGGAAUCGUCGAGAGCUGACGAUCGAGCGAGAUCUUUCUACCGGUGAGCCAUUAACCUUCGGAGGGCAUAGCCAAUUAUCAGGUAACGGAGAUAUCACCGAUUCAAGACCGAAUGAUUUGAAAACUCCCAGAAAAUUUCGAAAGCUGGAGAUUCCCUCAUCACAAUCUCCAGAGAGCCCUGGUCUGGCUAUCAUUACAUCCUCUCAAUUUCGGAGCGCAACUCGUUCACCUGCAAAGAAACCGGGCCCCGGGUUCCAUCAUAUCCAGGAUAGUGGAAUUAAAAAGGAAUCGCCUACCUCACCAAAACUUGUCAAGGACUCCAAUGAUCAGGCUAGUCCUUCGCCAAUGAGAACUCCCAGAGAAGCUUCGCCCAAAGUCCUGAUUGCUUCAAGUCAACACCCGUCGACGUUUGCUCAGAGACUUGCUUUGUGUGCUACGUCGACUGCCUUGCACUCCCAGCAAUAUUCAAGUCAUGACACCGAAGCACCAGUCAUGCACAACCAGCGAGAACGGACAGUGGUGUAUGAAACCGAUGCCGAGACAGAUCAGAGUGAACCAGAAUGCGACGAUGAUCAGACCCCAGCUACUCCCUCCAGAACUCAGAGGCCUCCGCCAGAAAGCACCAAGAUAGCAUCUUCCAGUCCCGUGUCCAGAGUUGAUGAUUCACAUGAUCUCCCUCUGCCAAGUAGUGGACGCCAUAACCAGCCUGACUUUGAUUCACUUUCGGAAGCACCAAUGUCAGACGCAUCCGUAUACUACCAAAGAAUGCAACCGGCAACUCAAUUCCCACAUGAACCAAUCCCAUCCCUCAACACCCAGAAGCUAUCGGAGCUAUUUCCCAACGAGGGUGGUACGCAAUACCCACAGCAGUCUCAUGGGCCGAACACAUCUGAGCAGGCUCCUGGUCCCUUUAUACAAACACAAACUCAAAGCCAGGAAAUCAAUCAAACUGAAAUUGUUCCAGAAUCCUCGCCAGUCAGAGAACAAGACGGCAUAUUCGAAGACAACGAGGUUGUUUUCCAGCGGCCACGAGCUCCCGAAUCGCUUGUGCAAGUCGAAUCAUCGCAGCCGGUGGAGCGGAGACCCAAUGGCGCGGGUAUGCUUUUUUCACGGAGUCAACUGUUGACUUCAAGUAUUAUGGAAAGUGUGCCCUUGCCGAAUUUUUGCAUGAGCAGUCAGGACAGCGUUGGUGAGCCGUAUAGCCUUCCCGACCAGUGA